GAGUGAGUCACUGCUGGGCUGUGACCAGAAACACCUCCCGAAUUCACCCCGGUGCUGGGGACAGCCAGCAAACAAAGCAAAACCUGAGAGCAGGCAGCAGAAAUGCAGCAGCCAGUGGCUGUUGUUCAUGUUUGAAGGAGCCUGGGGGUUCACAAAAGAACGUGGGGAAGCACUGAAUCCUUUUGCACACCCGGCAAACACUCAGAACCUGCCCCUGUACAACCGAGAGAUGCUGAGCGAGAGGAUCCAGCCCAACCCGCAGCUCCCGGCCCCUUCGUGCUGAUGUCACGCAGCCUCCCUCCCCCGAGCACAAGGAACCAACUCUGGGGCCAACGCCGUUUCCUGAUCCUCCUCUCGCUCUUCCUAAAGGAGACCUAAAAAACCUCCGGAUCCGUCGGACGAUGCCCCAGCAGGGCCCAUCCAUGGACUCCAGCAAAAAGGUGGAUCUGAAGAUCAUUAUCAUAGGAGCUCUGGGUGUGGGCAAAACCUCCCUCCUGCACCAAUACGUGCACAAGACCUUCUAUGAAGAUUACCGCACCACGCUGGGUGCCAGCAUCCUGACCAAGGUCGUUGCAGUGGAUAAAACCCCCCUGAAGCUGCAGAUCUGGGACACGGGGGGACAGGAGCGAUUCCGGUCCAUGGUGUCGACCUUUUACAAGGGCUCUGAUGGAUGCAUGCUGGCCUUUGAUGUGACAGACAGGGAGUCCUUCGAGUCCCUGGACAACUGGAGAGAUGAUUUCCUAGAGAAGGUCAUCCCGAGGGAUCACGAUUUCCCCAUGGUUGUGUUGGGGAACAAAAUAGACCUUUGUGACCGGGAGGUAUCCAAAGAGAUCGCUUCCUCCUGGUGCAAGGAAAAAGACAUCCCUUACUUCGAAGUCAGCGCCAAGAACAACAUCAACGUGGCACAAGCUUUCGAGACGCUCGCCAAGCAAGCCCUGAGCACGUAUAAAGGGAUUUACGAGAGUUAUUUAACCGACUCCAUCAAGCUCACUCCUGAAGACAAACCCACCAAGAGAUGCUGCUGAGUCCAACACCGGAGCUGUGCUGUGCUCUGCACUCAGCUGAGCACCCCACACGUCCUGGGGCUGUGAUGCCAAUGGCUGGAUCCUACCUGGGGCUCUGUGUCCCCUGACUGUGCCAGGGCUCUGGAUAUGGGAUGGUUGGUGACGUGGCACCCAGGAAGGGGUGUCCCUGCGGUGCCAGCGACCCUACAGUUACAGUGCCAGGAGGCUGAGCAGCACCCCUGGAACAUGGGACACCCUCCAGAGCAUCACUGGGUGACUGCAGCCUUCACCAUGCACAGACACACAGCUGCUCCCAGGGGAGGAGUGGGGCAGCUGGAUGGGACACUGAGAGCUCUGCAUCCCCAUCAGCUGCACCCACCAUCACACUGUGCCUCAGUUUCCCCACACAACACAAACCCUUGUCUUCCAGAUGUCUUCCAUUUCCCACCUCGCUGGUGAGGAUCCCCUUUAAAGCACUUUUUUCCUUAUUAUUAUUUCCCUAAGAAAAUUAAAUAUUUCCUUUUUUAUUUCUA